UUGCCUCUGCCAUUUUCAACAGCGUGCGGUAUCAUGUCGUCGCCUUUCGACUGUUACCUGGUCAACCGCGGUCUGAAAACCCUGCACGUCCGCAUGAAKGAGCACAUGAAGAACGGAUUAGCCGUGGCCAAGUUCCUGGAACAGCAUCCGCUCGUCGAAAAAGUGCUUCAUCCGGGUUUGCCGUCGCAUCCCCAACACAAGGUGGCUUUAAAACAGGCCAGUGGUUUCAGCGGAAUGUUGUCGUUUUACAUCAGAGGCGGUAUCGGGGAAGCCACUAGAUUUUUACAAGCCAUCAAAGUGUUUUGCUUAGCUGAAAGUCUCGGCGGCUUCGAGAGUCUGGCCGAUCAUCCAGCACUUAUGACUCAUGCUUCAGUUCCUGAAGACGAACGAGCAGCAUUAAAUAUUACGGACAAUUUAAUCCGUUUGUCCGUGGGAUUAGAAUCCGAAGAAGAUUUAAUUGCUGAUCUCGAUCAAGCACUUAAAGCUUCUGUUAAAAAAUAAUUACGCUUAAAUUAAAAUAAUAUUUUAUUUGUGUCAAAUUACGCUAGUUGUUAAUCGGUUAAUAUAAUUUUAAUUUAAUUUUUAUAUUAUAUUACAUAAUAUAAUGAAAUAUCUAUU